AUGGCAGGAAUUUAUCACUCGUCCACUCCAAGCUUCGGCACCGAAUUCAAAGGUUUCGGCAAUAACGCUUCAUCCCCGGGUUUGAAGCAAGGCACGGCGCGUUCUCUUCUCGAGCACAUCUGCAACCUGGAGAUUGACCGGGAACCCUGUGUUAUUCGUAACACAAGCAUCAUUUGCACAAUCGGACCAGCGUGUCGUAGUGUAGAGACCCUGCAGAAGAUGAUGACCGCGGGAAUGAAUAUUGCUCGGUUGAACUUCUCCCACGGCACCCACGAAUACCACCUGGAGACCAUCAAAAUGAUCCGCCAGGCUGUGGAGACCUUCAAACCCUUUUUCCGGCCCGUCGCCAUUGCUCUCGACACCAAGGGACCAGAAAUUCGUACCGGUCUCAUUGACGGAAGCGGCACUGGUGAGGUGACGCUGGAGUGCGGCGAGAAACUGCGUCUCACGGCAGACAAGGCGUACGAGAAUAAGUGCUCAAAAGACGUGCUGUACGUCGACUACGACCGUAUCGUCCACGUGCUCAAUCCCGGCUCCAAGGUCUUCAUCGACGACGGCCUCAUCUGUCUGGUUGUCAAGGGAAAGGGUCCCGACUACCUUGACUGCGUCAUUGAGAACGGAGGCAAGUUGGGAUCACGGAAGGGCGUCAAUCUGCCUGGCGCACCCGUCGAUCUGCCGUCGAUGUCUGAGAAGGACAAGGAGGACCUCAUGUUCGCUGUUGACAACAACUUGGACAUCAUCUUCGCUUCAUUUAUUCGCAGCCGAGCCGGAGUGCAGGAGAUCCGCGAGUUCCUUGGGGAGAAGGGCGCGCACAUCAAAAUCAUCGCCAAAAUCGAGAAUCACCAGGGCGUGAAGCUCUUUGACGAGAUCGUGCAGGCUGCGGACGGUGUGAUGGUGGCUCGUGGUGACUUGGGAAUCGAGAUCCCACCGGAGAAGGUCUUCCUCGCCCAGAAAAUGGCCAUUUCGCGAUGCAAUCUUGUCGGCAAGCCCGUCAUCUGUGCCACCCAAAUGCUCGAGUCAAUGACCUACAAGCCACGCGCCACUCGUGCCGAGUCCAGCGAUGUCGCCAACGCCGUCCUUGACGGUGCCGACUGCGUCAUGCUCUCAGGCGAGACAGCCAAGGGCGCCUAUCCCGUGGAGGCGGUGCAGACAAUGGCCAACAUUUGUCGCGAGGCCGAAUCCGCCAUGUUCCAUGGCCAGCUCUUUGACGACCUCAAGAGUGUGCUGCCUUUGCCCACCGACGCCACCCUGACCACCGCAAUCGCUGCCGUUGAGGCGUCGAAUCGGUGCUUAGCUCAGGCUGUUAUCGUUAUCACCACCAGCGGUCGCACUGCUCAGUUGGUUUCACGACACCGUCCCCGCUGUCCAAUCAUCGCUGUCACUCGUCACGCUGUCAUCGCAAGACAGCUCCACCUCUUCCGUGCUUGUCAUCCAAUCUUCUACGGAGAACCGCGCACGGAGAUGUGGGCCGAGGACAUGGACCGCCGCAUCAGCUGUGCCAUCGACUACGGACGCAAACGCCGCUUCCUCAACGACGGCGACAACGUGGUGAUUGUGACUGGCUGGAAGGCUGGCUCGGGAGCCACGAACUCGCUGCGCAUCAUCGAGUUGGGCACUUCGGCCGAGCGUCAUGUGCUUGGUGUGCCCGACGUGAAAGAUUUCACCGACUAG